AUGCACGCUGUCAAUCUUCAUGCCAAACCCGAUCCUGAGCAGCGCGUCUCGGCCAAGCGGUACGAGGACAAAUACCCAAACAUCAAGGCCUACAACUUCUCGGUUCCGAUCGAUCAUUUCCACAACGAGUCGAGAUACGAGCCGCAUUCGAGUGAUUCAUUUCCGCUACAAUAUUGGCUCGACACGUCCAACUAUAAGCCUGGAGGCCCCGUCAUUGUCCUCCACUCCGGCGAGUUUGACAGCGUUGAGCGACUACCUUAUCUUCAGCAUGGGAUUGUGCCUAUCCUGACAAAGGCAACCGGGGGAGUUGGGCUCAUCAUGGAGCAUCGAUACUACGGCAACAGCUUCCCCGUCCCCGACCUGACGACCGAGAACUUGCGCUUUCUCACAACGGAACAGGCCCUCGCGGAUACUGCCUACUUUGCGAAGCACAUUGAGUUCCCUGGUCUGGAGCACCUGGACCUGACAGCACCUGGAACUCCAUGGAUCAUCUACGGCGGCUCUUAUGCUGGCGCCUUUGCUGCCUUUACUCGCAAACUGUAUCCAGAUGUCUACUGGGGCGGCAUUUCAUCGUCUGGUGUGACGGCUGCCGUUGAAGACCUUUGGCAGUAUUUUGAAGCCGCGCGACAGUAUGCUCCAGGCGACUGCGGACCCACGACGCAGAAGAUUACUCAUGUUGUCGAUUCCGUCCUCUUUGGUGACGACAGGGCCAAGGUGCGCAGAUUCAAGGAAAUGUUUGGUCUAGGGGAUCUCGACGACGACGAGUUUGCUACCACCAUCAUCCGCGGGCUCUACGGAUUGCAGUCUACCAACUGGGACCCGGAAGAGGAUGUCUCUUCUCUCGGAAUUUAUUGCGCAGUCAUCACCUCCAAUGUUCAGCUGUUUGCCAGCACGACCCACCUCAUCCCAACUGUGCAAAACCUCGUCACUCAAGCUGGCUUUGAAUCCCAAGCUGAAGACUUUUCUGUUCGCAUGCUCAACUACAUUGGUUAUGUCAGAGACUUCGUCAAACGCGAUCUCAAGUCGGCCUGCAAGGGCAAAUCCGUCGUGGAAUGUUUCUCUUCCCGGUAUGCCUCUAAUGAUUCUAGCCUUGCAGCUGGAUGGUUGCGCAGCUGGAGCUACCAGGUUUGCACGCAAUGGGGGUAUUUUGUGACUGGUUCAGGUACGCCGAAAGGCCAGCUUCCCAUGAUUUCUCGAGCCAUUACCCUUGAAUCGGCCUCGUCGCAUUGCGAGAGACUCUUCAACAUCACCACUUCUCCAGACGUUGAGUCCAUCAACAAGUUAGGAGGCUUCAACUUCAGCUACCCUCGCCUGGCGAUUUUAGACGGAUUGCAGGACCCAUGGCGAUCUGCGACGCCACAUGCCACUGGCCUUCCCGACCGAAAGUCGACUACCAGCGAGCCGUUUAUGCUUAUCGACUGGGGUGUGCACCACUGGGACGAGUUUGGCCUGCCUGAGGAUAAGCAUAUCCCAGGUCUGCCGCCGCCCCAAGUUGCGCAAGCACACGAAACGGAGAUUGAGUUUGUCAAGGCGUGGCUGAAAGAGUGGGAGGAAGAAAACGGAAGCUCCAGCCGGCAAUCAGACCAGGAAGACGAGGUGAUGGAGGAAUUAUAA